CAUAUUCAUUGGCUUUAAAUUUAUUCGUCAGUGUUGAAUAACUUUCCGCGCAAGUCAGUAACGCAAUGUCGAUGAUAUGUGAAAAAGUUCCUCACUCUGAGAUCGUUGAAAAGGCAGCCUAUGAGGGCGUCAAAGACUUCAUCCUCGUGAACAGGAGGGAAAGACCUCGGGACAUUGAAAUAUCCAGUAAGUGGUGUAUGGAUCCAUGUUUUAUGCCAUCAUUCUACGAAGAAAUUGCCCAGAGAGUGGUAGACCUUACUGUGAGACCAGAUGACGUCUGGAUAGUGACAUACCCAAAGUGCGGCACGACUUGGACGCAGGAAAUGAUCUGGCAGAUCUGCCAUAAUCUCGACUAUGAAGGCUCAAAGAAACCCCUCCAUGAGAGAUUUCCAUUUCUUGAAAUAGGACAUCUUCUAUCCCGGGAGUGGCCUAACACUGACUAUGUGACCAUGUUGGAAAAUAGUCCAUCACCUCGGUUCAUCAAGAGUCACCUUCCUGCUCACCUCCUGCCCACUCAGCUCUGGACAGUUCGACCAAAAAUCGUUUACGUUGCCAGGAAUAGUAAAGACGCAGCUGUAUCCUUCUACCAUCAUCAUGCCAAUAUCCACUACUAUGCAGGAAGUUUCCAGAACUACAAUGACGUCAUGAUUGAUGAUAAAAUGAUGUACUCUCCAUUCCAUUCUCACAUCACUGACUUCUGGAACAUGAGAAAUGAAGAGAACAUACUUUUCCUCACAUUCGAAGACAUGAAGAAGGAUCUCCAGGCUGUUAUUCGGAAGAUGAUGAAGUUCUUUGGAAAGGAAUACUCUGAUGAGCAAGUUCAACAACUUGCUGAUCAUUUAUCCUUUUCCAAAUUCUCCAAGAAUCCUUCUGUGAAUUUGAAAAAUAUGCUGAAAACAAUUGAGACAUUUGUAGAGAAGAAAAUGAAGGAUCAGGAUUAUUGUUUUGUAAGAAGAGGAGAAUGUGGAUCGUAUCGGGAUGAGAUGAGUCCUGAACUCAUAACUAAGUACAACAGUUGGAUAGAACGUGAGAUGCAAAGGCUCAAUUGUGAUCCUGAAUUGAGAAAUGUAUUCUUCUUCAAUGAGUAGGGGCAAAAGUUUAAGGUUCAGAAUCACAGAAGAAUGGAAUAAUUGAGAUUCGCGGAAUACCGAAUUGAAUUAUUAACAGAAUCACAGACUUGGGAUCCCUGGAAUCACAUGGAAUAAACGGAAUAUGGACACAAAUUUUCGAUCUUGAGUAACCCUUUGCACUACGAUGUACAAUGUACAGCUAUCAAAACGUCGAAUAUUACUAGAAUAUAAACAUUGUGAAACAUAAUCAAUUAAUUAUUUAGAGUUUAUUGAGCAUAGUUUUGAAAAAUAUACUGAAAAUUUAUUGAAGAGAGCUAUUUAACUUCUAUUGCACCUGUGCGAAUAUGACUCUUUUGGUAAGAUUACUAGUUAUCACGACCAAUAUACAUAAAUGGUUUCUUUGCACGCCAUUAAAUAUCUUCUGAAUUUUUUUCUAAUAAAUAUUUGAUUUAGAAA